GCCUAGAGUAGAGAUCUGGCCGCCUCAAACAGAGAAACUGAGCUCUGUUUCCUGUCGUUUCGUAUAACGAGUCCACGACGUCAACCGGUGCCGCUAGGUGCCAGGGGGGACAGUGGCCUUCACGCCGUGUUCUGGAUUGUGGCAAUUCACGAUGUCCACUACUACGAAUAUUUGGUCAGAGAUAGCGAGUUAGGGAUCUUCACAGUCUUCACAAGGAUGGACCGAUAGGAAACGGAUGUGCUAUGCUUGAGCUUAUCCGACAAUAAAUGGCGACAGUCUGUCCUUGAGACACCAGUCGGCACCACUUGAGCACCGAUCCGACUACCACGGCAUCGAACGAGGGCUAAAAGGCGUCAAGAAUGCUCGAUCCAAAUUCUUUACUCCACGAGGCAGGAAUCGGCACUCUGAGAGAGCCUCCAGGAGACCAAAACCGUCGCCCGGUGCCGCCCAGCUCUUCUUCCAGACGGUAGGAGCAUGAACCGCCACAGGGAGAAAGGGCGGAGGAAAGGAGGGGUGAGGUGAUGGAGGAAAGCGGGAAAAAACAAAAGGACGAAUUCGUAAAAUCCCUGGCGAGGUUGUUUAUUUACUGUUUAGAUAGACAAGCAUGGCCCUGGUGUGGCUAAAG